AGAUGAGUGCAGGAGGACGUCUGACUAGAAGUUUAUCCACGGCCAGCAAGCCUUACGUUUCCGUUGUUCCACCAACGCACUACUCUUCCACUACCUUGUUGACUUUUUUUCGUCCACAGGACAAAUUUCAAUCGCGCCUGCCGAGGCAUUUUACAACUUUACGCCAUCAUCUCAGCACUUUUCGCACACUUGCGUUUGAUAUUUCUACUGAAUAUGUAGAUGCGCAUCGCCCCAAUGGCAUAUUUCGAAAUGUCUGGGCGGAUGCGGAACAUCUGACGCUCGGUAGCUGCCGCGCACAAAGCUCGCGACUUGAUUUGGUGAAGCAGCAACAGCGACGCCUUUCUAGAGGCGAAAAUCAUGAUGACCCGCGACGGUUGAAGCGACAUUUUAGCAGUGGCACACCAGCAGGCGGAAAUGGGACCGUCACAUCGAAAAUACUUGAGGACGCGGCGGCGGAAGAUCUUUCUACCCCACGAAAGGCGCCACACGAACACGAUACGACAACUCCGUCCUGCGGCUCCAGAAUCGGCUCAGAGGAGACAGAACUGCAUCUCCGAGCUCUGUUUUCCUCUGAAGCAGCCCAUUUAGGCCCUGCAUCAACUAAUCCUUUGCCUCCUGACAACGUGGAGGAUUGUCAGACAACUUCGCCUUCGGAGACCAACACCAGUGUAUCAACUUGCACCUCAUUUUCCCCCUGUCCCUCCCCCAGCGACAAAGUCGCUGCGCAAAUCGCGAAGAUGCCGCCGCGGCGCAGAGCAAACAACCAGAACAAUGCGUUCUUCAACCAGAAUGGGCAGAACAACAACGCCAAUCUGCCCCCCUUUCCGAAUUGCCGAAUCAUGAACAUCGCGGAAAAACCCUCCGUGCAGCGGGGCAUCACCGAGCACCUAGCGCGGAAUGCAAACGUGAAUCGGCGCCGAAUCGGGGGCCAGGGCUUCAACGGCGUGAACGUGGACGAGUUCAAUUAUCAAAUACAGGGGACGCAGGUAAAGAUGAAGGUUUCCGCCGUUCGUGGACAUUUGAUGCAGAUCGACUUCCCGGAGGCGUGCAAAUCCUGGCAGAACGGGCCGCCUCCGGUGGAAUUGCUUCUGAACCAACCGGUGAACCGGUUCGUGCCCCGGGACAUGCUGCCCCUGAAGAGGAUGAUCGAGGAGUUAGCCCGGGAGUCCGACUGGAUCGUUCUGUGGCUGGAUUGUGACCGGGAGGGGGAAGCGAUCGGGUACGAAGUGCUGGAGGUUGCGCUAAACAAAAACCCCAACCUGGUCAUAAAGCGGGCGGUCUUUUCCGCUUUAACCUUCCAAGACUUGACCAACGCCGUGCAAAAUUUGCAAAUCCCGAACAAAGCCCUCGCGGACGCCGUAGAGGCGCGGACGGAGAUCGAUCUCAGAAUCGGCGCAGCUUUCACGCGCUUUAUGUGUCUCCGGUACCAGCGAAGGUUCCCGGACUUGGCGAACCAGUUACUGUCGUUAGCCCGAUUAAAAACGUACCCACACCAGAGUCAAGAUGGGGAUUUUGCAACACAAACCUAGGAGUUUUGGGAGUCACGCAUGACAAGUUUCAGCCUGUAAGGUAGUGCAAUUUAGCAAGGAAAGCCGCAUCACAAAUCGAUCUGCUGAUCCUGUUUACAGCAUUACAAGUUCCCAAACACGAUUGAAAAUGCCUUUCAUGGGGUUGCGCAUCACACAUGUUCCUGUCAUGGCAAAUCUGCAUGACAACUAUGGUGUGGGUACGUUUUUACUCAGGAUAGUCGUACGGCCCCUGUCAGUUUCCGACAUUGGGGUUCGUCGUGGAACUAUCGCAAGAAAAAACUGUUUCACUGUGAACUUGUGAUGCACAGAACGAAGCAGCAAGGUGUUUGUCUUGCUACACCUGCAAGACAUCGGAUCUUGAAGCGUGUUUUCCCUUGGGAAGCGCGCAUGGCAAGUUUUCCGCGUCAUGUGUAAGAAACUUGUGAUGCAGAUAUUGCAAAAUCAUCACAGUGAAACAGUUUUUUCGUGGGAUAGGAACGGUACCAACUGAUCCGAAAUUUCCUGCCCGAGCCGUUCUGGGGAAUCAAACUGGUCGUGAAGACGCACAAUCUGUCGCAGGACGAAAUCACGAACUUCGAGGCGAACAAAAGUUCGGAAAACAACUUUGGAGGAACAGGAAAUACCCGGCGCGGCGGCGGGGGAAAUAGAGGGACAAAUAACGCAAACAACAACAAUCAGCCAAUAAACCGAGACCCGUCCUUGACUGAGUUUACCUGGCACCGCAACCGCUUGUUCGAUCGGGUUGCGGUUUUGAACUUUUUUGAGGACGUACUGGAGUCCGCGAACAGCCGCAGACUGAUUGUCACGGACGUGCAAAUCCGCAACGUGACGCAUUGGCGCCCGAUCCCGCUGGCCACCAUUGAACUGACGAAAAAAUGUAGUACGUAUUUCGGAAUCCCCUCCGCGCAAACUAUGAAACUGGCCGAGGAGCUGUACCAAGCGGGCUAUAUCUCCUAUCCGAGGACGGAGACGGAGAAGUUCCACCCUAGUAUCGAUUUGAAACAGCUCGCGAUUGUCCACGCAAACCACAACAGUUGGGGCCACUACGUGGCGAACCGGCUGUUCGUGAACGGACAGGUGCAUAAUUUGAAUCGGUUCACCAACCCGCGCAACGGGCCGAAGGACGACCAGGCCCACCCGCCGAUCCACCCGGUGAAGACUUUGCAGGAGAACGAAAACGGGAUCAAUGGGUGGAAGUGGAAGAUUUACGAGUUCAUCACCCGGCACUUUUUAGCCUGCCUUUCCCCCGACGCGACGGGCGAGAAGACCUCCGUGACAGCGAGUACCAACCCCCCGGAAAACGAGGAGGAGUUCACCGCGAACGGGUUGCGCGUGACGGACAAGGGGUUUUUGGAAGUCUACCCCUACGACCGUUGGGGGCGAACGGAUACGUUGUUACCCGCGGCUCUUUGCGUGGUGAAUCGAGUGUUGGAGCCCGUGUUUCACCACGCGAAUCAGACGCCGUGCGUGGUGGAUGAGCUGCAAAUGACCAGCGGGACGACGCAGCCGCCGGAACUGCUCACCGAAGCGGAGCUGAUCGCGUUGAUGGAUCGGUUUGGCAUUGGCACGGACGCCACCAUGGCCACGCACAUCCAGACCAUUCAGGACCGCAGUUACUCGGUGAAGAACAACCAAAACCGGUUCGCGCCCACCACCCUCGGGUUGGCCCUGGUCGAGGGGUAUCAGGAGUUCGCGGCUCUGCUGGGGUACGACAUCUCGAAGCCGGAUUUGCGGGCGGCGAUGGAGGCGGAGAUGACGCGGAUCGCGCUGAACCAGCAGCAAAAGAACGUGUUUUUGCAGAACUGCUUGCAGCACAUGCAGCAGCUGUUCGUGAACAUCAGCCAGAAUCCGGGGACGCUGGACGGGAAAUUGGGCACGUACUUCGCAGACGUGAUGGGCAACUUCCACAUGGGAGCAGGCGGACCGCCGGGCGCCGCUGGUGGACCUCCGGGUGCGGGCGGCGGGCCGGGUCCUGGAGGUCCAGGUGGUGCGGGGGGACCUGGAGGUGCGCCAGGUGGACCGGGUCCGGGCGGAGGUUUUCCGGGAGCGGGUGGUGGGCCUGGAGCUGCCCACUUCCCCCCUCCUGGAGGCCCGGGAGGUGGGUCUUUCCCCGGAGGGGGCGGGGGUCCGGGUACGAAUUUCGGCGGCCCGGGAGGUGGAGGUGGAGGAGGACCACAUGGGCAGCCUGCCGCUCCGAAUGCAUCUACUUCGAACAAUCCUAACACCAAUGUCCGCCUGAUCCAGGCCGGGAUUGUGCCGUGCCGCUGCGGCCAAGGCCGGCUGGACCUCCUCGCGCAGGAAGAGAUGACCGUGCCGCGCGGGAACAAGGGCGGCUCGAAUGCAGCCAUCACGAUUGCGGAGGGGGCGGAGGGGUCCUCGAGGGGUGGUGCUGCGGGAGCAAAUGCUGGCACUAGUAAUGCGAAGGGCGGCAAGGGAAAGAAGAAGACCGCGAUGAAGAAAAAAGGCAAGGGAAAACAGGGAAAUUCAGCCUCCAACAGCAACACGCCACAGCUGGUGGUGCAGAACUACAUGUUUCGGUGCAAUUUGCAGCAAAACUGCACCGCGGGCGGCAACACGCUGCUCCUGCUGCCCUCCAGAACCCCGGCCAGCGAGAAGACCAUCACCGACCGGAACUUCACGUGCCCCAUCUGCAACACGGGCACGGUCUUGAUCAAGAACAAUGUGACCAACACGCAGCACACGCUUUGCCCCUACUGCUUCAACAAUCCGCCGGAUUUUCCGAACGACAACCUUCCGACCCCCGCCAACAUGCGCUGUUUCCAGUGCCGGCACGCGACCUGCCAGCUGGCCGGCGGCCGGCCGCAGCAGGCGGUGGCGAAGUGCGGGAAGUGUCGGAACGGGCAAAUGGUGCUGAAAGUGAAGGAUAACACCAACUGGCGGCUGUCGUGUGACCAGUUCCCCAAAUGCAAGGAGGUCGUCUGGCUGCCGCGGGCGGUGAAAAGUUGUGAACCCACGGGCACGACCUGUCCGAAGUGCAACGCGCGGAAAUUGGUCAACGUCACACUGAACUUGGGCAUCCUGCCCGGGGAGUUCAUCCCGCCGGACGGGUCCAACCAGGUGACUUUGUGCCUGGUCUGCGACCGAGGAGUGAAGUUGCCCACAUAAUGGAACAGCAAGGGAAAGAUGGCGUGGAUUUGUGCUUCACGAGUUUGCCGGAAGAAGGUGGAUUCUGUUUCUGUUGUCCAUUCCAGUGGUCCGAACGAAGGAAAACACGAAGGAACGAUAAAAU